GGCCUCCAGGUAUUUCUGAACUCCUAGUUUUUAAUCUAGUCCUUCAGGUCCUGAAAGUGACCAGCUGUUAAAACUGGUUCCUUAGUCUGUCAGGACCUGGAAGCCGCUUCUCCUUCCGCCCCGGCCUGGUGUCCGCAGAGGAUCAGUUUGCCGUCAUGUCGGCUGCUAUUGCAGCUCUGGCUGCUUCCUACGGUUCGGGUUCGGGGUCCGAAUCCGACUCGGACAGUGAAGGCGGCCGAUGUCCGCUGCCAGCCGCCGAGUCUCUCAUGCAUCUGACUAAAUCGCCUUCGGCCAAGCCCUCGCUGGCAGUGGCGGUGGACUCGGCUCCGGAGGUGGCAGUUAAGGAAGAUUUGGAGACUGGUGUUCACCUUGACCCUGCUGUCAAAGAAGUUCAGUAUAAUCCUACAUAUGAGACAAUGUUUGCUCCUGAGUUUGGACCAGAAAAUCCCUUUAGAACUCAGCAGAUGGCUGCCCCCAGAAAUAUGCUCUCUGGGUAUGCUGAACCAGCUCACAUCAAUGACUUCAUGUUUGAACAGCAGAGAAGAACUUUUGCCACAUAUGGUUAUGCACUGGACCCUUCAUUAGAUAACCACCAAGUGUCUGCCAAAUAUAUUGGUUCUGUAGAAGAAGCUGAAAAAAAUCAAGGUUUAACUGUGUUUGAAACUGGUCAGAAGAAAACAGAAAAGAGGAAAAAGUUCAAAGAAAAUGAUGCAUCUAAUAUUGAUGGUUUCUUGGGACCGUGGGCAAAAUAUGUGGAUGAAAAAGAUGUAGCCAAACCUUCAGAAGAAGAACAAAAAGAGCUGGAUGAAAUCACAGCGAAGAGGCAGAAAAAAGGCAAACUGGAAGAUGAGAAACCUGGGGAGGAGAAGACAAUCUUACAUGUUAAAGAAAUGUAUGACUAUCAAGGCAGGUCCUACCUUCACAUACCUCAGGAUGUUGGUGUAAAUCUACGAUCAAGUGUGCCACCUGAGAAGUGUUAUCUUCCCAAAAAACAGAUUCACAUAUGGUCUGGACACACCAAGGGCGUCAGUGCAGUAAGAUUGUUUCCUCUCUCUGGCCAUUUGUUGCUGUCUUGCUCCAUGGACUGUAAAAUUAAGUUGUGGGAGGUUUAUGGAGACCGCCGCUGUCUGCGAACAUUUAUUGGUCACAGUAAAGCCGUAAGGGACAUCUGCUUCAACACCGCAGGAACACAGUUCCUUAGUGCAGCCUAUGACAGAUACCUGAAGCUCUGGGACACCGAGACGGGACAGUGUAUAUCAAGAUUUACAAACCGAAAAGUGCCCUACUGUGUCAAAUUCAAUCCUGAUGAAGACAAGCAAAAUCUCUUUGUGGCUGGGAUGUCUGAUAAAAAGAUUGUACAAUGGGACAUUCGAAGUGGAGAAAUUGUGCAGGAAUAUGAUCGGCAUUUGGGAGCUGUCAACACCAUUGUUUUUGUUGAUGAAAACAGGAGAUUUGUUAGUACAUCUGAUGAUAAGAGCCUAAGAGUUUGGGAAUGGGACAUCCCUGUGGAUUUCAAGUAUAUAGCAGAACCCAGUAUGCACUCAAUGCCUGCAGUGACUUUGUCUCCAAAUGGGAAAUGGCUAGCAUGCCAAUCAAUGGACAACCAAAUCUUAAUUUUUGGAGCCCAGAACAGAUUUAGAUUAAAUAAGAAAAAAAUUUUUAAGGGCCACAUGGUAGCAGGUUAUGCUUGUCAGGUGGACUUUUCACCAGACAUGAGCUAUGUAAUUUCAGGAGAUGGAAAUGGAAAACUAAACAUUUGGGACUGGAAGACCACAAAACUCUACAGUCGGUUUAAAGCUCAUGAUAAAGUGUGUAUAGGUGCGGUGUGGCAUCCUCAUGAAACAUCUAAAGUCAUCACAUGUGGCUGGGAUGGUCUGAUUAAACUGUGGGAUUAAGGAGAAUAAUCCUUAAACUAUCUAGGAUCAUUUUUGAUCCAAUGUCAUAUUUAACUACUCAUAUUAUUAUAUGUGUUGGAUGACAACCUGAUUUACAGAUAAUAUCUUCCUUACAUGGCCUUAUGGAAUUGACCCAUUACUUGAAAAAAAAAAAUUUGCUAAGUCUGACUCAUAAAAUUCAUUGACAGCUUCAUUUUGUUCUAUACAAAUAUUAUUUAUGCAGAGAAUGGCCAUUGGUUUUGUAUCUGACAAAUAGUUCUUGUUGGCAGGCAGUUUUGAGUUUCUCCUCAUGUCAUACUGAAGGGAUCCCUUUGGGGUCAAGAAAGAAUCCCUAGUGGAUUCAGCAUUAUAGAGGAGAUAAUGUAGUUAAUAAUUCAAAAAGGUACUGUAUAUGUACAUCUGCAACCAAAAGUGCAGUUAAAAAAAACAGGGAUAAUGUAAUUCAAUAUAAAUCUGACAUAAGAAUUAAAUCACACAUAAUUACUGUUCAUAUUAUUUUCAGUGGGUCAAGUUCCGGUCUUUUGGCUUGAGUUCCACUAUUUUUGACGACAUAUGUUAUAUAUUUUUAAUUGUAAAUCAGUAAUAUUCUUUGACUGCAACAUUCCUCUGGUUAUUAAACAAUAUGAAAUAAAAAUCAGUCCAGAGUUCUUUCCUUGACUUCCUUCCUGAUCAGUGUAGAUAGAUCUAUUUUGUUUUAUCAGAGACUUAUAUUGUUUUGGAAGAUGGAACUGGAGAGAAUGAGCCAAGACUUUGAGUUUUAUUUAUAUGCAUGGACAGUAAGGAGCUUUCAGAAUCAGGAUCUACUGGGUCAUUGCUUCAUAGUUGUUACUACUGAAAUCUUCCUCACAGGAGAAAAGAGUAUGAGGGCAAAGUCCACAUGUCAACUUGUAAUUUCUUAGAAGUCGUAUGUUUUAUCUUUAAAAUUAUUCUGAUUUUGCUUGUAGAUAUAUAUGACUUUUUUUUUUAAGAUUAGAAAAAUUGUAAGCAUCUUUCCAAAUCUUUGAAAGAAAUUGACACUCCAGGAAGAUGGCCAAGCCUCCAAGUUUGAGGAGCAAGUGACCAUGGUAAAAAUAGCUUAAACACUUGAGAUUAUGAAAUCCAUAUAGCCUCAUGAAUAUGGGGGCUAACAGCACUUUAGUUUGACAAGCCCUGUCUCCUGUUCUAUUACAAAUCUACAAUGGGCGUUUAAGUGUGGUUUGAAAUACUUCAGAACCAUGCUAAAAAAGAUUUUUCUGUAGCUGCUCAGAAUGCUGGUGUGGCGUUCAAAUCAUGUUGAGUGUUAAAAACCUGAAAAGAAGAUUAAGGGCUGAGUCCUGUGCUGUCAUAGCAGGCAUGUUCCUUGCCUGAAGACAGCUUCCAGUUUUACAAAUCAAAGUUUAAAAGGCCUGGUAUGUAUGACCACUACCUGUAGACACAAAUAAACUUCAAGGAAGAAAAUAGAAAAAGCCGUGAACAUGGAGAAGAUGCAAUUUUUGACACACAGGCACUCAAAGAAACACAAACACACUGCCCACCUACUACCAGGAAAAGUGGGAAGUUUCUGGAGAGGGAAAGAUUCAGACGAAACCUUACCUUUAGUCCCAACCAUUGGUUUUAACAAAUGUGAAUUACUGAAAUGUGAUGGGACAAAAAAAACUACUAUAUUUAAACUGUCUUGUUUGCCAACAGUAUUGUACGUUACAAGUCAUAAUUUCUAAAUCUGAAGUUAUUUUAUUGUGUUUUUGACUGUUUCUAAACUAACUGUAUAUAAAAGUUGCCUCUUUUUU